AUGAACUGCACGACGGUCGACCGGAAAUGCCAGUACACUACUCCGUGGCGGACCGCUGAACGGUCGCCAUCAGACCCAUCUGCCAGCCCGCAAACCCCAGCGGGACCUGCUUCCACCCCGGCGCCAUCGGUAUCAUUCCCGGGUCUGCAACCGUCCGCUCCGGUCGAGAAUCCGCACUCGCGGGUUGACAUGGUCCACAUGCAGCUCCUGCACCAUUAUACUACCAAUAACGACAUUCAUCCCCUUAUCGAUACCUGUAUGAAGGAUAUCAUCAUAAACUUGGCCCUCCGGGAACCAUACAUCAUGCAUUCGGUCCUCGCCAUUUCAGCUCACCACCUCAGCGUGCUUCGACCCGACCAGCAGUCCUUCUAUCACAAUCUAGCCAUCCAACUCCAAACCCAGGCCCUCUCGAUUUUCAACAGCAUCGAUAUCGGCCUCUACGGUGAUUCGGUCGAGAAGCGUGUGCCCGUCUUCAUAUUCUCGAGCGUGCUUGGGAUCCACGCGCUGUGCGAUACGCUGUCCCACCGAGAUUCAGACGCCGAUUCCGCCAUAUCUCGGUUUGUGGCAUAUGCAAACCUUCACCGCGGGAUGCAUACCGUCAUGCACGGCUAUUGGGAUGAGCUCCGGAAGACCGAACUCCGAGCCAUCUUUGACGAGCUGGUGCCCCAGUGGUUCCAGCUGACUAGCGAGGGGCAGGAGUGCGCUGAUAUCCGGGUGAGGCUCACAUCAUCCGUGAGCCUGGAUUCGGAGGAGCGAGAAGAAGCGCUCCGCGCUGUCGAGCUCGUGCAGUGUGUAUUCGAUGCGAAGCCCAAGCUGGAAGACCGAGCUUAUGUCCUCUGCUCUUGGGUAUCAAUGCUCGGCCCGUCAUUUGUUCGGAUGCUGGACACUCGCCGACCUGAGGCCCUAGCCAUUCUUGCAUACUACUUCCUGGCCAUGUACCACUGCCGUGGGGUUUGGCUGAUGGACGGUGCAGGCCAGCAUUUUCUGCCUUUGAUCGCCGAGCACUUUCGCGGCGGAGAGUGGUACGCCUGGCUCCCGCUUCCCAUCGCGACAUCAGAAACGAUCGUGCAUCGUCCCGUUCCAAUGGCUCGGAACUUUGAGGUCACCCGGCCCCAAGAGGCUGACGCGCCCCGCAUCGCCGAGAUCCACCUUGCCGCCAUGGACGCCAACCCCUUGCUGCAUGCGCAGUUCCCCGCCCCCGAGAGCCUCAGGGCGCUCCGGAGUUUUCUGGAAGAUUACGCCCUCGAGCAGCUGCGCAAUGCUGCUAGUGGGUUCCUGGUCGCCCGGGAUCCCGAGACGGGCGUGGUCGCGGGUUUUGCGAAGUGGGACUCACCGUCGCACCCGGAAGAUGUCAAGUUGGAGAGGAGCGAUUUGCGGGACUUAGAGGGAUGUCGGCGCGAGUUCCUCGACGACUAUGCGUCGCUGGCGGAGGAGGCCAAGAAGAGGUGCUUUGGCGAACAAGUUUGCUAUUGCUUGAAUUUCGUCUGCAUCGACCCCGCCUAUCAAGGUCAAGGUGCCGGCUCCCUACUCACCCGGAAGGUUCUCGGCUUGGCUGCGGCAGAUGGACUGCCGGUGUACAUCGAGAGCACCGGUGUUGCGGUGUCUAUGUAUCAGAGGCUCGGGUUUACAACCAUUGACGGGUUCGAGAUGAGGUUACCGCGGCCUGCAUUUACCGCGCUGAGCGAGAUAUAUAGGGAGGAAUGCAUGGUAUGGUAUCCUCCGCCGACGCAGGACGGCGGAUCAGAGUAA